AUGGUAAAGAUCAGUUCGUAUUCCUACUCCUGGACGGGCUCAAAUGUGGUGAUGAAACGUUUCGCGUUCAAACCCAAUGAUCAACUAACGAGCAAUGAGCAGAGCCCCGAUGUGACAGCAAAAGAAGAAGCGCCUGACAAGUUGGAACCGAAGCUGGAGAAGCUUCAUGGCACCAUGUUGCAAGAAUUUCUGAUUCUUCAGGCGAAACGAGCGCAAGCAGAGACGGAGCAGGUGAAACGAGCGCUGGCCGUAGCAGAGAAGGACAGGAACAGGCUCUAUCAAGAGAACAACGAGUUGCUUGUGCAGCUUGAGAGUACAAGGGAAGAGCUCGGUGAUCUGCAACAGAAGUAUUCAAACCUGAGAGAGUGGGCGGCGAUCAUGUAUGCAAACCUGCUCAAAGAGGAAGUAGAGGACGCGAGACAGUCUCACGUCAGCGAGGACACGCUAGAGCGGACGAGGCAGUGGGUCAUAAGCAGCAGUCAGGCGCAGUUGGAGGAGGAGGAGCGUGCGAGAGGACUAUGGGAAGGAACUUCACGGGCAUCACUUGUCGAGGAGCUGCUGUCUCUCCCUGCAGACUCGUCAGCGGCAUCGCAAGGGGAGGAGGAGGAGGAGGAGGAAGAGGAAGUGAAGACGUGGGGGGUCAGGGGAGCGAGCUCUGUGUGGGAUGUAGAGUGUGUACAGGACGCGGCUCAUCGCGUCGCGUCCAACGACGCGGACGGGCUGGCAUGCCAGGGAGAUGGGAGGAAGCCAUACAGGGAGGAGGUGACGAGUCACUCGCAGCAGGAGAAGUGGAAGGCAAGGAAGGAGACUGGCUCUAGCCUCACUGCCCCGACGCUGCUGCGAAGCUUGAUGGAACGUCAGUUCAUCCCUAAACCUCGAGGAGAAACUUCCAUGGAUGCGAUCGGAUACUUUUAG